AUGAAGCCAUCUCUUCUCUCUAUAAAGACAACCAUGAAGCCAUCUCUUCUCUCUAUAAAGACAUCUAUGAAGCCAUCUCUUCUCUCUAUAAAGACAACUAUGAAGCCAUCUCUUCUCUCUAUAAAGACAUCUAUGAAGCCAUCUCUUCUCUCUAUAAAGACAUCUAUGAAGCCAUCUCUUCUCUCUAUAAAGACAUCUAAGAAGCCAUCUCUACUCUCUAUAAAGACAACUAUGAAGCCAUCUCUUCUCUCUAUAAAGUCAUCUAUGAAGCCAUCUCUUCUCUCCAUAAAGACAUCUAUGAAGCCAUCUCUUCUCUCUAUAAAGACAUCUAUGAAGCCAUCUCUUCUCUCUAUAAAGACAUCUAUGAAGCCAUCUCUUCUCUCUAUAAAGACAUCUAUGAAGCCAUCUCUUCUCUCUCUAAAAGACAACUAUGAAGCCAUCUCUUCUCUCUAUAAAAGACAUCUAUGA